AAAAUAAUAAUUGUCCUGAUAAUUACCACUUUACCCUCGUCACCCUUAUCACCCCUUCUUAAGAAAAUCUCCGUCAAUCUUCAGUGAUUCAGUGGCCGAAAAAAAAUCUUCUCUUUCUAUACCUCGAAAGCCCACCAAUUUAGGCAAAUGGCUACGAAGGUCCCUGACAACCUAAGCCGCGACCAAUACGUUUACUUAGCCAAGCUAGCCGAACAAGCCGAACGCUACGAGGAGAUGGUUCAGUUCAUGCAAAAGCUCGUCCUCGGCUCAACUCCAGCCGCUGAACUAACCGUUGAGGAACGAAACCUUCUUUCCGUAGCCUAUAAAAACGUGAUCGGUUCUCUACGCGCCGCGUGGAGAAUCGUUUCCUCCAUCGAGCAGAAAGAAGAUGGUCGGAAGAACGAGGAACAUGUCGUGCUCGUUAAGGAGUAUAGAUCGAAGAUCGAAGCUGAGUUAUCUGAUGUUUGUGAUAGUAUCUUGACUUUGUUGGAAUCGAAUCUGAUUCCGUCAGCGACGGCGAGUGAGUCGAAGGUUUUCUAUUUGAAGAUGAAAGGUGAUUAUCAUCGGUAUUUAGCGGAGUUUAAGGUUGGUGAUGAGAGGAAAGCUGCUGCCGAAGACACUAUGUUGGCUUACAAAGCCGCACAGGAUAUUGCGCUGGCGGAUCUAGCACCAACGCACCCGAUCAGGCUGGGACUGGCGCUGAAUUUUUCUGUGUUCUACUAUGAGAUUCUCAAUCAGUCUGAUAAGGCUUGUAGCAUGGCUAAACAGGCAUUUGAAGAAGCCAUUGCUGAGCUUGACACGCUGGGAGAAGAGUCAUACAAGGACAGUACUCUCAUUAUGCAACUCCUAAGGGAUAACCUUACUCUUUGGACUUCAGAUGUGCAGGACCAGUUAGAUGAGCCGUAGAAGGUGUUGUAACCCGUAUUGGUCCUAUUCUUCUUCUGGUGGAGGUGGGCUUUGAAUGUCAUGUGUUAAUGCUGAUUAAAGUGUGUAAUUUAAAAAUGAGAAGCAACCCAUGGCAUGAUGUUGCUAUACUCCCCGACUAAACUUGUUUUCGGAAUUUGGAAAGGUGGCAUUUGGCAACUAGUUAGUUAUCUUUACUGCACAGUAGUAGUUCAUUUCUUACUUGUGGUUUACUGCAUCACUUAUUUUUUCAAGAUGGCAAAGAGAAUUCGAUAUUAUAAUAUUUUGGUA